ACUCACAAUUAAGAUCUGCAGUUCAUACAGGCUCUGGGUUUUGUAAUGGAAAAACAUUGAAUCAAAUGGCAAAUCCCCACAAAGUCGGGUUCUUUCUCUUCUUUUGUCUUCUCUUAGUUUUUGCAAACUCUAACUCUGUUUUAAUCCAAAAUGACCCCGGGCAUGACCAGGUUCCUCACCAUGAAUCUCAAGCCAAGGUUUCAUCUGAUCAUUUUAAUGAUCCACAGCAAGUUAUGUUACUGAAACUUGAAGAAUUAGUGAGAAAUCUUAGUGAAGUAGUUUCUAGGUUAGAAACAAAGCUAUCAGAGUCUUCAAAAGUUGACGAUGGGCUUAAUGUUGGGAAGAAAGAUGAAAUAAGUUUAAGAAAAUAUGAUGGUAGAACGAAAAAUCAAGAUAUUGAAGCUAAAGAUGGGGAAAUAGGGAGGGGCCUUUCUGUUACUAAAUACAGUCCGUUCUGGUCUGAGAGGUUUCAAUUUAUGUCAACCGUGAAGUUAGGGUCUACUGCAACUUGUAUAAACGUCUUUCCCUUUCGUGAUUACGAGGGACUUAGCAAGUAUGUUGCUGUUGGGGAUGAAAGAGGAAGGGUUUAUGUGUUCUUAAGGAAUGGGGAUGUUGUGGUUGAGUUUUAUACCGAGCGCGAGUCACCGAUUAUGGCAAUGGUUUCGUACAUGUCUGUUUAUAAGAAUGAGAGUUUCGUUGUCACUGGACAUCAAAAUGGCGUGAUCUUGAUGCAUAGAGUUUUUGAGAGACUAAACGGAGAAGAGUCGAGUUCGCUUGUGAUGGAAACUGUUGGUAAAUUUGUGGCUGCUGAAAGUGGGGAAGAUGGGUUGCCAAUAACUACAUUGGAUGUUCAUCAUGUUGGAAGGAUGAGGUAUAUUUUGUCUACGGAUCUCAGUGGGAAAAUCAGAGUUAUUAGAGAAGACGGAGCACUUUAUGGUUCUGCCAUGCCUAGAAGUAGGCCGCUUGUGUUCUUGAAGCAAAGGCUUUUGUUCUUGACGGAGACUGGUGCCGCAUUGGAUAUGCGAAGCUUGAAAAUCAAGGAAUCAGAAUGUGAAGGGUUGAAUCAUUCCCUCACUAGGAAUUAUGUCUUUGAUGCAACGGAGCGGUCUAAGGCGUAUGGUUUUACAUCAGAUGGUGAUUUGAUUCAUGUUCUGUUGUUGGGUGAUAUUACGAACUUCAAGUGCAGGGUUAGGUCCAAGAAAAAUCUGGAAAUGCAUGAGCCUCUUGCAUUUCAGGCUAUUAAAGGGUACUUGAUUAUUGUUGAUCCGGAAAAGGUUUUCGUGUUUAACAUUUCUACCCCACAUUAUGUCAGGGCUGGUGUGCCACGGCUUCUUUUCUCCACAUCUUUGGAUGAGAUCAAGUCAUCGCUCUUAACUUACCAAGUGAUGGGUACAAAUAAAGAGAGAAGACAGGUGAUGCCAGUAAUAGCUAGUGAUCGUGAAAAGCUCGUUGUUCUUGGACUCGGAGGUGAGUAUGUGGGGAUGUAUCACUCUAACCUUCCAGUUUUGAAAGCGGAAUCUAAUACGAUCCUAUGGACCAGCCCUGUGUUGUUUUUCAUACUUUUCCUAUUCGGUGCAUGGCAAUUCUUUGCCAAGAAGAAAGAGGCACUUACUUUAUGGGGACCUGAUGACCCUUUUAGCUCCACCUCCACAACAGCUACAAAUGGUGCCCCGUUAGGAUCUAACACCGUAGACAGGCCUUUUAUAGAUUCUUCUUCAAGCGGUUCUGAUAUGGCGGACCUGAGAAGCAGCGGUCUUCGAGGUCGAAGGUAUGCAUCUCCUUCUCGAUAUCCAGCUGGAGCUACCACUUCUUUCAGGCCGAAUUCUGCUGAUCCCAUCUCUAGACCCACUUCCGUUGAUCCCAAUUAUAGAGCUGCACCUGAGCUAAAUUAUAAGGUUUCAACCCUUGAACCGCUGCCCGGCUUUUCCAAUAGAAGAGAGAGUUUAUUUGCGAACACCCAAGUUUCAGAUAACAGUUAACUCUUACAACCAGUUUCCUUUAACUUCUACUUCAAGGGAGAGUUCUUUUAGAUUCUUUUGGCUGUUGUUAAGAUAUUACGAAGCCAUUUGAACCUGCCAUGUUGUAUUUUUAGUUCUCAAUAACAUAACAAAGAAUAAAUGCAAUAAUUUAAAGCAUCUUCUUUUUUGAAGAAUACCUC